AUGGCCCAGACGCCAUGCCAGCACUGGUACUGCCGAGCAUGUCUAGGAGCAGGUUUUGAGGCGUCUUUCGCGUCGCGGUCCCUCUUCCAGUGCUGCCAGCAAAACGUUCCCGUCGCGCUGGCGGCGGACGUGGUGAGCGAGGACUUCCGAGCGCGCUAUGAGCUGCUGGCGCUCGAGCAGACGACGCCAAACCCGACAUACUGCGCCAACACGGUGUGCGGUGCAUUCAUACCACCUGCGAACUACCACGGGCCCGAUUCGGCGCGCUGUACCCAGUGCCAGACAGACACCUGUAGACAUUGUCGGACACGAGGCCACGCGGGACGCGGCUGCACGGCGGACCAGGCCACAGAGCAAGUACGCGCGCUCGCGGCGGUGACGGGGUGGAAGCCGUGUCCUCAGUGCGGGAACAUGGUGGAGCGGAGGGAUGGGUGCCUGCACAUGACGUGUCGAUGCCGCGCCGAAUUCUGCUACCGUUGCGGCAGGUCAUGGACGCAGUGCCAGAGCAACUGCGGGCCCGGAGGCAGAUACCAUUGA